AUGGUCAAGUGGGAGCCCACCUUGAACGCCCAUAUCCUAGCUGCUGCCCUCAGUGUUGCCGAAGUCACUGCCACCAACGAGAUGGCUGAGGCUGCUCUCACUGCUUGGACCCCCAACCUGGGCGAAAAGCCCACUGUGCGUGCCAUCACGGACCAGAUCAGAAAGCUGGUCGCCGCCGCUCGUGUCUCCUCUUCUCGCAAAAAGACAGUCACCCGUGCUGCUACUGCCCAGAAGGGCAAGGGCAAGAAGAGAGCCCUCGACGAAGGCGCUGCUCGAGGAGAUGACGUUGCUGAGCCCGGUGGUGUCGACGACGAUGCUGGACCCGGUGGUGUCGGCAAGGGUGAGGAGCCCGAGCCCGAGCCCGCUCCCAAGAAGCAGAAGCGUGUGAAGGCCGUCAGCGGUAAGAAGAUGGGCGACAAGAAGAUUUGA